AUGUUUUUACUAAUCAUACUUGUCAGCUAUAUUUUGGGUUGUGUAUCGACAAUAACUUUACUAUUAUAUUUAUAUACACAGUAUGCAUUUUCUUCACCAAUAACACUUAAUGAACAAGAAGAAGAACAGUAUCAAACAUUUCAUCCAUUGCCUGAAAAUGAACGUGCUAACAAUUCAGCUGUUGAUGCUGUUAAUUAUCUAUUCCAAUUUUUAUUUCAAGAACUAAAAGAUAGUUCAGGAUUAAGACGGUAUUUAAUGCAUAAAUUAAAUACAGAAUUUAAUGAAUUAAAAAAUAGUCGAACAGGAAAAAUAUUUCUUCAAAAUAUUGCUAUACAAGAUUUUUCAAUCGGAAAAGAAUGUCCAGUAUUAAGAGAUAUUAAACUUGAACAUCAAGAACGUGAUGAACGUAAUCUGAUUAAAGAAUUUGUUGCUAUUAUUGAUGCUGAUUAUAAAGAUGGGUUUUCUGUUACACUUGAUGUAACAUUAUCAUUUGGUCCUAAAUGUCAAAUAUCUAUUAAAGUUAAACGUAUUCAAGGACGUUUACGUUUAGAAUUUCGACGUGAACCAUUUUGUCAUUGGUUAUUAGUUUUUAAAGAUGAACCAUUUAUUGAAUUUGAUGUUAAAUCUAUUUUUGCUGCUGGUGAAAGUCCACAUGUAGCACAAAUAAUUACUCAACAAUUAACUCGUGCUAUAAAACGUAAACAAACAUGGCCAAGUUAUAAAAUUCGUUAUACACCAUUUUUUCCAACAUCACAACAAUCUUUACCAAUUGAAGUUUUAUCUUCUAAUGGAAAUAAUCUUAUACCUGGUAUAUUUAAUAUCAAAAUUAAACAUUGUGAUCGUCUUUCAAUUCCAAUAAAAAUAUUUGAUAAACAAAAAAUUUCAUUUGUAUCAGUAUUUUUAACUGUAAAUAUUAAUGAACAAAUGUGUACUGAUUAUUUAUAUAUGCAACGUCAACAAUGGCCAAUCAAAGAAAUUGAAAUUGUUCGUAAUAUAAAUAAAAUAAUUGUUAAAGAAGUUAAUUAUAUGAAUCGAACAGAAUUAUUAAUUGAACAAAUUGAUCCAAUACCAAAUAGCAUAGAUAAUAUAACAACAUUUCAAGCAGCAUUAGAAGAUAGAAAUGUAUUUUUACUUCAAAUAGAAGGACAAGAUAUUAAAACAAUUAAACAAAUGCAUCGUUUAUUAAAAUCUAAACCAACUGUUGUAUCUAAUGAUGGAACAACAACAACAACAACAACAACAAAUGUAGCUGAAGAUAAAAUAAAAAUUAUUGUUGGCAUGCCUUUAUUACAUAGUGUUCGAGUACAAUAUACAAUUGAAUCAUUUAAUAAAAUAGAAACAGAAAAACAAAAUGAACAGUCACCAAAAUUAUCAAUACGUACUGAUAAGUCUUUAACACCAGUCAAUGUACGAAAAAGAACUGUUGAACCAACGAUAAAGUUUGAUAAAAAUGACGAUUCAAUUGAUGUAGAAAAAAAACCAUCAGAUGGUGAUGAUGAUGAAAAAAUACAAAAUGUUACUAUAGAAGAUACUUCUAUCAAACCAUCACAUACAAAUAUAACAAAAAAAUUAAAACAAUCAAGAAGUACCGUAAAUGAGAUCACUCUAAUUAUGAUGAAUACGAAUAUUUUACAAGAAUUUAAAGCUCAACCGACUGCUCCUCAAAAAGUGGAACCGUACAUGGAAAUUAAUAAUGACUUUAGUUUUCAAGUCGGUUCAAAUGAACGAUUUCUUAAUGUUUGCUUAUGGUGUAAACCACCGCUUGAUUCUGAUGUACCAAAUGCUGGCAAGAAACUUAUCUUACUUGGUUAUGCUACAGUUCCUCUUUCACAAAUAGUACUUGAUGCACAUAUGAGUUUUAAACGUGAAACUCAAAUGGUGCUCUAUUUUCGAUCGCCUUAUUCUGAAAAUUCUAGUUUAAAUGCUUCAUUAACAGAUUCUGAAAGUAAUCAACGACUUGAAUUAAGUAAACAUAAAGGUUAUGAUGAUAAUUUGACUCAUGGUUGUGUAACAGUAAAUAUCAAACAUCAACCAGAAAUUGAAGCAAACUUAAAUUCACAAGAAAAAAAAGAUCAAUUUGUAGCUAAUGUACCAGUUUUAACUGAUUUGGCUAGAAAAAUAAAAGAAGACGAAAAAAAACAAGUUCAAUUAAAUUAUAUAAAUAUAAUUAAUAAACAACACGAAUCAUAUAUACGAAAAAUAACAGAUCAUUUAUUUGAAGAUAAAGUAUUUCCAGUUACAACAGUAUGUUAUUAUUGUAAAAAAAAAAUUUGGAUGAAAACAGGACGUCAAUGUCAUGAUUGUUUGAUAACAAUACAUAAAAAAUGUGAAGAUAAAUUUAAUGCUCAAACACCAUGUACACGUGAACCAAUUCAUUUAAAAACUAAUCAAAUUUCUACAUCACCCGAUGAUGAUAAUAAAGGUUUAGUUAAUAUUGAAUUGAAUGAUACUGCAAUUGUAAUAACAGAUGAUGCUGAUUCAACAUCAAUUAAAAGUAACGAUGAAUUAGUAUCACAUCCUGUUAGUCAUCAAAUAACAACAAUAUCACCAAUAACAGUACCACCAACAACAGCACAUCGUUUGUCAACAAAAGCUGCAGCUGCUUUUUCUGUAUUGGAUUCCACAGCACGUCGUUCAUUUCGUGCAUUCGGAAAUAAAAAUGCUAAUCCAACAACAAAUUUAGCUGAAAAUCUUUCAACAAUAUCAGAUUUAUCAAAAAGUGAUGAAUCGUUAGCUAGUUCUUUGUCUAGUUCAACAGCAGGAUCAACAAUAAUAACUCCUCACGUACACACAUCUUCCAAACUAGCAAAUGCUGCUUCAUCAGCUUAUAGUAAACUUCGAGAAUUUAAAUCUAAACGAUUAUCUUCUACUCCUGAAAAUACUUCUACAAAACAAACUCGAGCAACACCAAUUUCAAUACCUAAUGAAAAUAUUCCUGAAGCUGAUUUACGAGAUAUCAUUACGACAUGUUUAUCUGAUGGAAACAAUGAUGUUACAAAUCUUGAACAUUUACUUCAUGAAAGAGCUGUUGAUGAUACAGCACUUUAUGCUAAAGCACGUGAAUUUGGACAAGAUUUAUUUUCUGAAUUAACACCUGAUGAACGCAAACAUAAACUUGAUAAUGAAAUUUCUCGUUUACAACAAGAAAUAAAUUUACAAUGUCAAAUUCGUGAUGAAUUGACUAGUGAAUGUGAAAAUAAUUUAACAGAAGAAAAUGAAAAACGAAAACUUCGUGCUAAAAUUGCUAAUAUUGAUGAAAAAGUUCAAGCAUUAGGAGCGCUGACUAUUCUCUAUUGUUCAGGUCUUAAACAUUGUUCUACACAAAUGGCAACAAAAGAACAUACGAAUGAACCAAACCAUGAAUUGAUUAAUGUAUUGUUAGAUGAAGAUGAAACUAAUGAUUUAGACGAUUCUCAAAAUAAUAACUCUGACAAAUAA